UCGAAAAAAAAAAACUACCCUCGCCAAUUCCUAGCCUCUUCCCACUCCGGCGGCGCCGGGUUGUGCGAUGGAAGCCGAGGGAGGCCAAGGCGAUGACGGUGAGGUUAAUCAGAAAGGCGGCGAGGCAGUCAAACCGCUACCCCACCAACGCCUAGUCUCUCAGCCAACCAAAUCGAAGAAAUCAAAGAAAAAGGUAUGGAAGGCUUCUCAGAGGGAAGACGAGCAAGGUCGCGAGGUAAAGCCCGACCGAGGUGGAGGCGCUGUACUACCCAAAGUGAAGGACAACUUGCUGAAGAAGGAAAUCAAGAAGCUGGAGAUGGAAAUGAAGGUGGCGGACACCUUGGAGGAUAAGGUGGUGCUGGUGCAGAUAGAGCGGCGGCUCAACUUGCUCAAUAUGGUAAUGGAGAAGCUGAAUAUGGGAAUGGAUGUGAUGUCCAUCUGUAAGGAUAAGGUGGACUUGCUGAUGACGGAAAUAGAGAAGCUGCAUAUGGGAAUAGAGGUGCCAGCCACCUUGGAGGAUAAGGCGGUGCAGAAUGAGUGGGGACGCAACUUGCUGAUGAUGGAUAUAGAGAAGCUGAGUAUGCAAAUGGAGGCGGCAGCCACCUUGGAGGAUAAAGCGGUGCAGACAGAGCCCGGGCUCAACUUGGAGAAGGCGAUGGAGCCAGUAGCAGGUGGAGAGCCAAAGCUGAAGGUUAAGGAGGUGAAGACAGAGCCGGGGCAAACCUUGGAGGAGAAGGCGAUGGAGCCAGCAGCAGACGCAGAGCCAGAGCUGAAGGUUAAGGCAGUGCGGACAGAGUCGGGGCUCACCUUGGAGGAGAAGGCGAUGGAGCCAGCAGCAGACGCAGAGCCAGAGCUGAAGGUUAAGGCAGUGCAGACAGAGCCGGGGCUCACCUUGGAGAAGAAGGCGACGGAGCCAGUAGCAGACGCAGAGCCAGAGCUGAAGGUUAAGGCAGUGCAGACAGAGCCAGGGCUCACCUUGGAGGAGAAGGCGAUGGAGCCAGUAGCAGACGCAGAGCCAGAGCUGAAGGUUAAGGCAGUGCAGACAGAGCCGGGGCUCACCUUGGAGGAGAAGGCGAUGGAGCCAGUAGCAGACGCAGAGCCAGAGCUGAAGGUUAAGGCGGAGAAGAAAGACCCUGUGCUACCGCUCAAGUUCCUUCUUUUCAUCAAAGGUCUUCACAUUGUUGCAUGUCGAGAUUUUACUGAAUAUGACCCUAGGAGGAGGGGUUGGAUCUGCACGCGUUUUUGUGACUUCAACAUUGCCUUCUUCGACAUGGAUGCAGAGUCUGACAUUAUCCGUGGGCCACCACUUAACGAGGUGACCGAUUCUCAGCGGCACUCAAUUCCGAGUUCAUCAGUUAACUUCAUUUCAUUGAAGAUAAUUCAAUCGGAUGAUCCGUUUCCAGUAGGUGUGUUUGGUACUGUUCUUGCACGGGAUGAGGUUGAUUUUAAAUGUGUGUAUCUAUUCAGGCGCGAGAGGGAAGAUUCCCAGCAUAUCUCUUCUGUGGGGGACAUGUUAGCUUUGACAGGUCCAUGUCGUGCACUGUGCCUGUCAGGAGGUCGUUUGUAUUUUGAGAUCAACCUGAAGAUCAAGGGAGCUGAUAUCACUGAUGACAGAGAUUUCAGCAAAGGUGUCAUCAUACAUAGUGAAGUCCCCUUUGCUAUGCAACCGACGACUAAACUGCUAAGCAGUUGGCGGAGUACAGUGGAACUGGUAUUAUCACCUAUCCCAUUUCCUGUAGCAGCUACUAUUGAAGUUAACAUUUUGAAUGGACCACGUGGUGUACCUUUCAAUGGAAAAAUAACUGCUUGGACUACUGGAAAUGCUGACAAUCACAUCAUUCUGUAUGAAUAUGAUGAUAGCAAGGAGGCAGGGGCCUGUGUUGUUGAAGAUAGUGGGUCUGUUGUCUUAAGUUGUAACUUGGUAGCUGUUCCUCUUCCCAUCUGUUUAUCUGAUGAAGUUGAUGAAAUUGUGCUCAAUAUCUGUUUCUUUACUGAUGAUGGGGCUGGACGCACCUCGGUCGCUCUAGAAUACCCUGAAGAAGAGAAGGUCUGCCAUCAUGGUUCUUCUGAGCUGCAGGUGAAGGUUGCUUGGACUGCCAUCUUUAUAAAACCAGUGAGUGAUGAAAUCAUGAAAAGGCGGUCUGCUGAGCCCAAAAAUUCCUUCAAGCUCUAUUAGGCCGAAGAUGUAUAUAGAAAAUGGUGGUGUUCGCUUUUUUAUCUAUGUUUUGGGGUUCAUUUUCGUUGGAACUCUGAUGUGAUCUUUGAUGGCAUGGUAGCUUCUCCCGGGUACCUGUAUAGAUAUUUUCAAGUGUUAAUGUUUUCAAAUCAUGUCGCCCUGAAACAAUUAUUAUUUUAGUCAGUUACUUGGUUCUUAAGCAGCUGUUGUUUCUAGCAGACAGUCUUUGAUAUCACAUUUCAUAUGGGAAUGUUAGCAAGAUAUUUUUCUUAAGCA